CUAUUGAUAUCACACAUCCAACAGCUCCAGAAAAAAGCCUUCGACUGCGACGAUUCAUCGCUGCCUCCUUGCGUGAGGCAAGAAAGACGCAGCAAAGAACCGAACUAGCCGCGUGAACUGCAGCAGACAAAGACCUCUACUAGAAAGAAGCGAAAGAAGCGAAAGAAGCCGCCAUGGCCCGACUCAACACGACGAAACCCAAAGCGGGCGACGAUACUCGACCCAACAAAAAGCCCGUCCGGCACUUGGGACAACGGGGGGUUCUUCAAAGCAAAUUCCGAGACACGGUAUCCACGUCGGACUCUGAGGACCGUGACGACACUCAAUGGAGGUCCAAGAUCAAGGCUUCUAGAACCACGGAGGGCCAGUCACAACGGACGGCGCGCCAUCAAAGAACCGGCACGGUGUCCAGUGGCAUUUUCGACAUUUUUUCCGACGCCGACGGCGCCGGUGAGCGGGAUGACGACGCUUCUAGAAGCUCGGGCGCCAACAAGGCGAGCAAGGAUGGCGCCUUGGAUCUGGCGCGGGUCAACUCAUUGCUGCGCAGGCCAUCGCAGCAGUCGCGACACCGAACGUCGCGCAAGUCGGAACUCUAUAACUAUGACAAGGAAAACGACCCCGUGGAGGUGGAGCUGGCGGAGGACGACGACUCCCACACGCCCUCCACCAUUUCCAGGAACCCGUCCGAUGCAUCACAACGGUCUCCCGUGAGAAACGCGCGCCAGACUCCGGCCAGAAGUGGCAGCAAUCGACUGUACUCCCAGUAUCGCCAGCCGCAGCGUCGACCUGAGGACGAAGACAGUGAAGACAACGGGUUCGGUUCUUUGGAUGAGUUCAUUGUUAGCGACAACGAAGAGCCCAGCUACCAUGAAACAUCCGACAACGAGACAGAGGACGAACGGGUCCAAGAGAUCCCUUCGUUCAAACCUAAAAGGAAACUGAUGAGAGGCCGACGACCCAACCCUGAAGCUGAACUUCUAAAGCGCCUGCAACAUCCAUCGCCCAAGGAUGAUCUUCGCCUGGAACCGUCCUUGCCCGCUGCAAUCACAUUACCGCCAUCGCCUGAACGCAAGAGUGAAUGGAAAAACGAAAGUGAACCUGAACAGGAAAGUGAAGAGCCGUCGCAGGACGACGUGAAUUUCUCCGAAAAGAUGCACCAUCUGAGCUUGGAGGACAAUGAUCCUUCUGCACAGCUUCAACAGGAGCUAUUUGGUUUCGUGGAGGAUUCUGCAUCCACCUCGCCAACACCAGAGCCUGAAGUCAUUUCCCUAGAGACGCCGCCCAGCAGCCCUAGCAAGACCAUCCUACCAUCACCGUCCAAGAGCAAGGCCGCCAUCCCGCCCACCCCGUAUCGCGAGAGCGUUGACGCUUUCUGGAGCCAGGAGCUCACCAACAACUGGGUCGACCAACACUCCCCACGCAAGAAGGUCGACCGGCUGCUGCACGAAUUCGCGGAGUCCGACAACGAAACCGACCCGGACAUGAUGCCGCGACGACGGGGGGCGAUCAAGCAGCCCAAGACCCCCAGCAAGACGGCCCUGAAGAAAGCGGAGACGGAACAGAAGAAAGCUGCGCUGGCCCGCAGAAGGUCCUUCGACAACAAGAAGGCCAACGUCGCAGAGGACUUCUUCAAGGCCCUUGACGACGCAGUCUCCGGCGGCCGGAUCCAGGAAAUGGCCGCAGACACCGGCGGCGUUCGCAUCACAUGGAGCAAGACUCUCCAGACGACUGCCGGCCGAGCGAGCUGGCGACGAGAGAGAUCCAUGUCCCCGGGGAGAGGAGGCGCAGGGGAACGGACAGUCGGGUCGCAGAAGCAGUUCGCAGGCAUCGAACUGGCCGCGCGGAUCAUCGACAACGAAGACCGGCUGAUCAACACCCUGGCGCACGAGUACUGCCACCUGGCCAACUACAUGAUCUCCAACGUCACCAACAACCCCCACGGGACUAGCUUCAAGCUAUGGGGCCAGAAAUGCAAGGAGGCGCUGAAAGACCACCCCGUCUACGGCGGCCGCAUCGAAGUCACCACCAAACACAGCUACAAGAUCGACUGGAAAUACGUCUGGUGCUGCGUGGACUGCGGCCAGAGCUACGGACGCCAUUCGAAGAGCAUCGACCCGGCCAAAUCGACCUGUGGCAAGUGCAAGGGUCUCUUGCAGCAGAUCAAGCCCAAGCCGAGAAACGUUUCGCCCAAGAAGAAACCGGCCCCUCAAGCUGCCGCAGGUGGAAUGGACAUGGGAAUGGGCAUGGGCAUGGGAUUCCCCAGAGCGGCUGUUGACAAUGUGACGAUGGUCCUGCAAGAAGUCAACGUACUCCACCAUUGAUGUGGACAAAGAAAGGGAGACUCACUUUUUCCUUUUUCUUUUUGGUGAAUCUAUGAACGAAGGGAUCUUGGCCCCUGUGUAUCUAUCUACCUGUUUAUCUACCUGACAUUUUGAGCGUUCUUUUGUUGAUGCCACUGCGCUUAAGCGAUGCCUGUCUCUUUUCGCUCCUUUUUGGACACUGAAUACGACCGCGAUGCAAUCAAUCAGAGAC